AUGAAUACGCAUCCGUUAUUUAAUAGUAUAUUUGAAGAAAUACAUAGCGAAGUAAAAGAUUUAAACUAUGAGUUAAAUCAGUUACAAGAGGCUUAUCAGUCAAAAUAUAAUUCUGAUGAUAAUGAAUCGGAUAAUAAAGAGGAUAAUUACCAACAUUCAAUAUCAGAUAGUGAGGAUUUACUAUUAGAUGAUAUUGGUGAUAA